AUGGAAAUGCAAAACAAACAGCAUUUCGACGUGGUUACAGUAUGGGAAAUGAAAAAAAUCCCAGGUGAAGGUGGUUACCAGGCCACAAAUACAUGGAAUAAUUGCCCGAUAUAUUUCACGCAUAUAUCGGAUUUUUGGACUGACGAACAACGACAAUUUGUUGCUCGUCAUCGAUGGCCUACUGAUGGCUCUGACUAUGCCAUCGUCAUUGGAAUUCCGCAACAAUUCCAACAAUAUAUCUACAAAAGCAUCCCGAUGAAUGAAGUAAAUUAUAUUCAUUCAAUCGACCAUCGAACUAUCAUUAUAAACACACUGAAAUUCGAAUGUGCAAUCGAAAUUUCAGAUAGUUAUAAAAUGGCAUCCAUAUUUUAUACUUUAUAUGGAAAAAUCCCGUGCUUUUAUUGGGAUUUAAUAAUUACCAAUCCAAAUAUCAAUAGUUUCUGUUUAUUGAAUAGAAACUAUUCACGAUUGAACAAUGAACCUGAACCUGAACAAGAUGAUGAUGACGACGAUAAUAACAAUUCUACCAUUCGAUUGCCACCACCAUCAAUUCCAACAAUUGAUGGACAGUCUACAUCGGCAUCUACAACAUAUUCGAUGCCACCACCAACAACAGAAAUGAAUGAUCUGAUUGAACAAACAGAAAUCAUGAUCAUAGAUGAUGGUCAAAACGAUGGCCAAUUCUGGGAUGAGGAAGAAUUGGAUGAAAUUGUAUUUGGCGAUGAUUUUUAA